ACGGGUUUGACCGAAGAGGAGUACCGGGAAUCUAGGAACCGUUGAUUUGGCUGUCAUUUCCUCCUUAAGUAGUUAGGAUCUAUGUAUUUUGCCAAAUAAAAUGGAUUUAUAAAAGAACAAACAUUUCACCUUCAAUUUGCUUUAUCCCUUUGACUCAUCGGCUCAAAUUUGGCGAUGGCACAGCAACAGCAACAAGAGGAGGAAGAUGAACUUGUAUACACACUGGAUGAAGCACUUACAUCAUUGGGUUUUGGCAAAUUCCAAUAUUUGGUGUUGGUUUAUGCUGGUCUUGGAUCUAUGGUUGAUGCUGUUGAAGUUAUGAUUCUUUCUUUUAUUGGGCCAGCUCUUAAAUCUCAGUGGGAACUUUCUUCUACCCAAGAAAGUCUUAUUACUACUGUUGUAUUUUCUGGAAUGCUUAUCGGUGCUUACUUUUGGGGCCUUGUUGCUGACAACUAUGGCAGAAGGAAGGGUCUUCUGACUGUGGCAAUAGUGACUACCAUAUCUGCAUUUCUGAGUUCCUUUUCUCCAAACUAUAUAUCACUGCUCAUUCUUCGUAUGCUGGUCGGAAUUGGUCUGGGUGGUGGGCCUGUAUAUGGAUCUUGGUUUCUUGAAUUUGUGCCUUCUAGAAACAGGGGCACAUGGAUGGUUAUCUAUUCAACUUUUUGGACAAUUGGAACAAUACUUGAGGCUUUAUUGGCAAUGACUAUCAUGCCAAGCCUAGGUUGGAGGUGGUUACUGGCUUUAUCAUCUAUUCCAUCAUUUGCAGCACUUUUCUUGUACACUUUUACAGUAGAGUCUCCUAGAUAUCUAUGUGCCAAAGGUAGAAUAAGCGAUGCACAUGAUAUCUUGAGGAAAAUAGCUAUUGUCAAUAAGACAAAACUUCCCCCUGGAAUUCUUGUUACUGAUCAAGUGACUCAUGAGCUGAAUGAGGAAUUGCUUUCCCCUGGAAAAAACAAAACCUCCAAUUUUAAAACAGGAUUGUCAUCAUUUCUAAUGCUUUUAUCCCCAAGGCUACGACGAAUUACCCUCCUCACGUGGGUGGUUUAUUUCGGGAAUUCAUUUUCCUAUUAUGGCAUUAUAUUGCUGACAUCACAGUUAAGCGCUGGGGAAAAUAAAUGCUUCUCAGUUGCUUUGAACGCGAAAAAGCACACGGGCCUCUAUAGAGAUGUGUUCAUCACUAGCCUUGCUGAACUUCCUGGGCUUCUUUUUUCAUUCUUAGUGGUGGAGAAAGUUGGUCGAAAACUUUCAAUGGCACUGAUGUAUGUCUUAGGCUUCCUAUUCCUUUUUCCGCUUGUUGUACCUCAGAAUGAGGUUCUAAGUACAGUAUUGCUAUUCGGAGCUCGUAUUUGGGUCAUAGGAACCUUCACCCUUGCUGGUGUCUACUGUCCAGAGAUUUAUCCAACCUCAGUGAGAACGACUGGUUAUGGAGUUGCGAGUUCUGUGGGGAGAAUUGCAGGGAUGGUCUCUCCUUUAGUUGCAGUGCAAUUGGUUAGAGGUUGCCAUCAAAUGGCUGCAAUCAUUUUAUUUGAAGUGGUUUUAAUUUUAUCAGCAAUUAGUGUUCUGCUCUUUCCAGUUGAGACCAAGGGACGUGAACUUGUUGAUCAUUGUUGAUUUACUAAUUAGUAGAAAGUUGUAUACCAAUUAGUAGUUGUAUUAUUGUGCUCUCCACAUUGGAGAGAAAUGGGCUUAUCUAUUACAGUUGCAGCACUCUUAAGUUAUAUUGGUACUUUAUUCAUGUUGAAUUUCGUGUUAAAUCAUUAAUACACUAUCAAUGUAUAUAAGUUAAA